GAUUUGUUUUGGUACAGAUGAUAGAUGGAAAGGGAGAAUCAUGGCGACGUCCCUGAUUUGCAGCCGGUUGUCUGUAGGACUGAGAAAUUAUGGGUCCAGGACAGCUUUAAGCUCGGCGUGUAAGGUUCUGGGCGGGGCCUCCGGCCUCCUCAGGGGCCAUGGGGUGGAGCAGAGGCGGAGCCUCUCUCUGCACGAGUACAUGAGCAUUGACCUGCUGAAGGAGGCGGGAAUCUCCGUGCCCGCGGGCAUUGUGGCCAGCUCGCCCGAGGAGGCCUAUUCUGUCGCCAAGCAGAUCGGCUCUAAGGAUCUGGUGGUGAAAGCGCAGGUUCUGGCGGGGGGGCGGGGGAAGGGCACGUUUGAGGGCGGUCUGAAGGGCGGGGUGAAGAUCGUUUACUCGCCAGAGGAGGCGCGGGACAUUUCCUCUCAGAUGAUUGGUCGAAAGCUGUACACAAAGCAGACUGGAGUGCAGGGACGCAUCUGCAACCAGGUGUUCAUCUGCGAGCGCAGGUACCCCCGCAGGGAGUACUACUUUGCCAUUACCAUGGAGAGGUCCUAUCAGGGCCCGGUGCUGAUUGGCAGCUCUCAGGGGGGCGUGAACAUUGAAGACGUGGCGGCAGAGAACCCUGACGCCAUCGUGAAAGAGCCCAUCGACAUCAUAGAGGGCAUUAAGAUGGAGCAGGCUGUCGAGGUGGCGCGGAAGAUGGGCUUUCCACCCGGUUUGAUAAACGAGGCAGCAGAGAAUAUGGUCAAGCUCUACAACCUGUUCAUGAAAUACGACGCUUCCAUGGUGGAGAUCAACCCAAUGGUGGAGGAUUCCUCAGGCAUCGUGAUGUGCAUGGAUGCUAAGAUAAACUUUGACUCCAACGCGGCGUUCCGUCAGAAGAAGGUGUUUGACAUGCGGGACUGGACCCAGGAGGACCCGCGGGACCAGCAGGCGGCGAAAGCCGACCUCAACUACAUCGGCCUGGACGGCACCAUCGGCUGCCUGGUUAAUGGUGCGGGUUUAGCCAUGGCGACGAUGGACAUCAUCAAACUCCAUGGGGGCACUCCCGCCAACUUCCUGGACGUAGGGGGCGGAGCCACGGCACACCAAGUCACAGAAGCCUUCAAGCUGAUCACCUCAGACAGAAAGGUGCAAGCCAUCCUGGUGAACAUCUUUGGGGGCAUCAUGAGAUGUGAUGUUAUCGCCCAGGGGAUCAUCAUGGCUGUCACAGACCUGGAUCUGAAGAUCCCCAUCGUUGUUCGUUUGCAAGGAACGAGGGUGGACGAUGCGAAGACCCUCAUCGCUGCCAGCCCCCUUAAGAUCCUGGCCUGUGAUGACCUGGACGAAGCUGCGAAAAUGGUUGUAAAGCUUUCUGCGAUAGUUUCGCUGGCGAAAGAGGCCCAGGUGGACGUCAAGUUUCAGCUUCCCAUCUAAACUCCACCCUCUCCCCAAGUGGCUACAUGACAUCACUGGCAAGCAUCCUCCCAAACACUGUCCGGCUCUAGUUUCUUUUUGCUUCAUUUUGUUUUGCUUUAAUUAUCACUGGUCUUACCCAGGCUUUACAAAUCAGGCCUCACUUGUGCGGAGAUAGACCUGGCUGUGUCUCCAGUGUUUACCGGUCUGUCUGUUAGUUGAUUCCGUGCUUCCAUGAGUGAGUAAUGUCUGGUGUCUUCUCUGCUGCCUCUGUUCCGAAGUAUUACCUCUGCUGCAUGGAGCCUUUUGCCUACCCUUCCUUCGGAUCUCUGAUGCAUUGGGCCCAGUGCCCUGUGUUUAGUGUCUGGUGUGCACUUCAAGAUGCAGCUCAUUCUUAAUUCAGUGACAUUUGUUUGUGAUGUGAUAUUACAGUGUCGACAAAACAAGAUUUGUCAUUUUAUUCCCAGCACCUGUAGAAAACGUGUGCGUCUGUGUGCGUGCAUGCAUGUACAGUGAGCUCCAUAAUGUUUUGGUACAGACAUCUUCUUCUUGAUUUGGCUCUGUUGUCGACUUUAGAUUUGUAAUCAUAAAAUGUGGUUGUCAUAUGGCUAAAGCACACCUACUCAGCUUUUAUUUAAGGGUAUUAUCAUACACGUUGGUUCCGACAUGUAGAAAAUGACAGCACUUUUUAUAGAUACACCCCCCCCCCACUUCCUUUCAGGGCACCAUAAUGUUUGGGACAUAUUAAUGUAAAUGGAAGUAGUCGUGUGUAGUACUUCGUGGCACAUCCUUUGCAUGCAAUGACUGCUUGAAAUCUGUGACCCAUAGACUGCAGCCAUAUUCAGAACCUGUUGUUUUGGGGGCUAGUUGCCUUAUGUUUUCACUUCAGCAUAUGAAAUGCAUGUUCAAUUGGAUUCUGAUUGGGUGACCGACUUGGCCAGUCAAUAAUUUCCCAGGUUUUGGUUUUGAAAAAGUCCUUUGUUACUUUAGCAAUAUGCUUGGGAUCAUUGGCCACAUUUACAUGCACACUAAUUAUGCGAUUUUUAUGAAAUUAAGACAAUACUUACAGCAAUGUAAAGGUAAAGAACAGUUGGGCCAAAGGCCUCUGGGCCCACCUAUUAGGCUACGUCAGUUUAAUGGAAUUAUCUGUUAUUUACAUUGAAACUGGAGUAUUAGGGAAACACCUCUUUUUGCAGAAGCAUGUAAAUGGGUUUAAUUAAACUGUUGCCACACUCACAAUAUAGACAAUAAUAGCAUUACUGUGUGCAUGUAAAUGUGACCAUUGUCUUGCUGUAGGAUACAUUUCCGUCCAAUGAGUUUGGAGGCAUUUGGUUGAACUUGAGCAGAUAAGAGACUUCGGUACACUACAGAAUUCAUUCUGCUGCUGAUGUCAGCAGUUACAUCAUCAAUGAAGACAAGUGAGCUUGUAACUGUGGCAGCCAUAUAUGACCAAACCAGAACACCCCCACCAUCAUGUUUCAGAAAUGAGAGGGGGUGCCUCCACACUUUGCACUUGCCAUCAGUCUGAUACAAGUGAAACCUGGUUUCAUCUGUGCUCAAGACCUUUUUCCAAAAGCAAUCAAAAGCCUAGAAUCAAGAGUAAAUACUGAAAGCUGUCUUAUACCUGCACUAAGGAAGCGGUUGAACACACCUGACUACUCACAAAACACCUGUGAAGCCAUUUGUGCCCUGAAAUGGUGGAACUAUGUAUACAAAGUGCUGCCGUUUCUACAUGGUGAAACCUAAAUGUAUUAAAAUACCCAUUAAUAAACAUUUGGGUGUGAACUUUCAUAACCAUAUGACUACCUUUGCAGACAAAUUUACAUGAAUAUGCUCAGCAGUUAUUACUGAAAAGGUGGAAUGUAAGAUUUCGAUUAUUUAUUUUUUUGUAAAACAAAAAGUGUUUAUUCCUUUUUUUAUCUCUGAUUGGGUGUACUAAAACUCCUUUUGACCAGUUGUGUCUCUGUGUGUGUGUGUGUGUGUGUGGAGAGAGAGAUAGAUGGACAUAUAUGUACAUAUACAGUCACAUCUCUAAAUGGUGUUUUGUUUUUGUGACAUGUGAAUGAGAAACCACCCCAGCAAUGGUUUUCUACCCAGAGGGUAGACAUGCCUGCAAAGGACACACUGCCUGUUCAGCUGUGGUUUUGUUGAAUUAAGAACAAAAGAAAAAAGAUAAAGUAUUAAUGAGUAUUAUUCAUAUUCAAUAAUUAUAGCCUGUUUGUGUGGGGUUUACGACAAAGCAUGUUCUUACCAGUGGUGUUCCCGUUCAAGACCGAGGUAUUUAUGAAAUAAAUGCAUCUCCCCCAGUGACGUAGCACUUUGUGGCACACACACCACCACCUUUGUCUGCUGUUGUUGUUAAUAUAAAAAAGAAAAAGUCAUCAUUGUUGCAAACCUGGCACUGUAUAGCUUGACUACAGAAGAGGUUGAGAUCAGGAGUAGCAGGGGAUACUGCUAAAAUUUGAUAGCUUUGAUAGCUUUACCAGCCCCCCCCCCACCCCCUCCCAAAAAAAUCACCACCCUCACCCCAGUCAGAUGUGCCUUUGAUUUAUUUGGAGAUGAACACCAGCAGGCUAAGAUAACAGUGACAGCUUAUGGGAUUAGUGGGAACUAUUGAUUGCAAAGGAGAAGUGCUUUGCAGCUGUAUUAAAAAUGAAAUGAAGGUAUGUUUCUACUUACCUGGAGUAGUAUCUGUCUGUCCAGAUAGUUUUGCUGAAAUGUGACAAGUUUUCUUGGUAUUCGCUGCAGCUCAGCUUGAUAAAAGACUCCUCCAACGUCGUGUGGCCUAAGUGUGCAACAUUUACAUAAAAAUAAUUCAACAACAAUGUCUCUUUCCAAGUAUAAUCCCUCGGUUGCUCACAAUAUCCACAGGGCUUAUUUUGUGCACUGUUUCAUCAAGAACUUCUUCUAUCGAAGUACACCAACUGUGCAAUAGCCACACAGUCUUGUGUGGACAGACUAGCGUGAAACUUGCAUGGUGGUGACUCAUUUGCGGGUUUUAGGACUACAAACUGCAACACUCUAUGGUGUGCUUUGGUAGAAAUAGUUCUCGAUGAAACCGUGCUAAGUUGAGCUCUGUGGAUGUUUGUGAGUAACCACGGGAUUACAUUGCUGAGACUGCUGUUGAAUUUUUCGAGCGCUAACUUCUGGCACUUGGAGGCCACACAAAGAUGGACUCAGGAGGUCCUUUGUCACAUUUCAGCCAAUCUAUAUAGAUGGACAGAUACUACUCCGGGUAAGUUGAAAUGUACCUUAAUUUGUUUUUCGGGUGUACUGUACCUUUAAAGUAAAUGUAGACAUAUGCAUAUUUAUGUAUAUAUGGUUUUCAGGAUUUCAGCCCAGGAUAUGUGGCAAGCAAUUUACCAUUCUCUUAAGAUGACGUAAAAUGGGUCUGCAGUUAGUAACUACUGUAUUGGAAGAUGUAUUAACUAUUUAAACGUUUAUCUGAAUAUUUGACAGCAAUGUACAAGCUUUUUGUAUUUGUUUGUGGUUUGAAUACCUUUGGGAGUUUGGAUGUAAUAUUCUUACAGCUAAAAUUUUGGAUAUAAAAUUGUGCAACUUCAAUCAUUAUUAUUCCCAUUAAAUUAUUAUUAAUAAACUGA